AUGACUAAGCCUGUGUUAGACGGUUUUCACGCUCCUCCCAAAGACCUCCUUGAUGAAGAGACAGUGUUUAGCCUGGAGGAUAGUUUAGAUGGACUUCCUCUCACACCGUCAAGCAGGAAAAAUGAUGCUGAUUCCGAACUGUCACUCCCAGUAAGCUUCUAUUUGUUGGAUAAGUACUUCAUAAAACAGGGGACAUCUUUGGGUUCGCAAAGUCUGUCAGGUUAUAGGCGGGAUUCUCGCAUCAAACCUGAGACUAUGCUAUCUCGGGUUAGUGCUUUUGCUGAUGUGUCUGAAGAUAUAACGCUUGAGCAGCUUUUCGAGUAUGCCUGGCCUGAAGAAGUACCGCCGGAAACCAAAAAUGGACCAACCUAUUAUGUAAUCCAAGAGUUGCUAGCCGACUUCUUGAAGGUUAAGUCAUUCAAGCGACGAUAUCCUGAGCUUCAGCGUCGUAUUUGCGAUGCCUACGAACGCACAUGGCUUCAAGAGGCUGGUCUUGUUCCUUCGGGUCGCGCAGAGCUUGGACUCACAGCUCUCCUUAGCGACGAAGUAAUGUCUCUCCUCCGAAACGAUUUUCCCGAUGUUCACGUUGCAGUUAGCGACCUCUUCCGGCAGCGCCGAUUUCAGCGCCUUGCUGAUCAUCAAAAACGCCAAUACGAGGCCGCUCGAAUUGGUCGGGGGGAAGCGCGUGCCGAAUUGGCUCGAAAACGAGCUUUAGAGUCAGCUUCCGAUUUCAAUAGACAACUAGUUGCUGAACGUCAUAAGGAGCGCCGGUGCUAUUGGGAUCUCCAAACGAUGCAGAUUCAUGUUCCUCAGUGGCCUUAUCGUCUACUGGAACCGCCACCUCGUAAGAACGGCUUCUACCCUGUAGCCGUGAUUCCAGGACAGUUCACUGAGCACUUUGUCGACUUCUCUGCAUCCGAACUGGCAUACAUGCCGCUCUCAAAGGCACUGUAUACUCUACCACCACAUCUACAAAGUAAGCGUGCGCUUAGGCAGCCACCACCGCUUCCUACGAUGCUUCGAUACGGCAAUCUAAGCGGUGUCCCGCGUACCCAAGACAGUGGGGAUGAGAGUAAUGGACAAAUACCACAGGAAACAAGUCAAUUGAAUAAUAGUUCAACCACCAAACCAGAGUCCGACGCCAAUCCCGAGUGUAUUGCGUCUAAAGACAGUGUGGAACCAUCGGUUAAGAAAACAAAACGGGAGGAUGAAGGUGAGGCUGUCGGUACGAAGGUUGAUCAACAGGAAGAAGAGGUCGAAGUGGAGGAGAAGGGUCCCCUCUGUACAGUCUGUGGCCGACCAGCCGCCGUUUCAUUGCGUUGUUCUCAGUGCACCAGACAAGGUCAUCCUCGGUGUCUUGAGCUGCCAGAGCACAUGUUGGAUGUCGUGAGAACGUACGCAUGGUCGUGCAUGGAGUGCAAGCAGUGUGUUGAAUGCGAGGACACUGGGGACGAAGGGCAGAUGAUGUUUUGUGACCGCUGUGAUCGUGGCUACCACGCCUACUGCGUAGGGCUGCGUGGUAUUCCUGAGGGCAAUUGGGAAUGUCCCACCUGUGACCCUACCUCUGUCCGUCCUCCACUCGAUCGAUCUCCCUCUCCUCCACCUUCCAAACGUGUCUCUCUCCGGCGUCGUGCCAGCCUUAAACGCGCCUCUCCCGUUGUUGUCGUGGUGCCCAUUGACAGCUCAGUAGCUAGCAGUAGCACUGGUGCAACCCCAAAACGGAGAGGUAGACCGCCAAAGAAGGUGGACCCAGCGUCGGGGAAAUCGUUAAACGCCUCCACGAACGCCUCAGCACCGCCAAAAGUUAGUAACACCAGCGAUGCAGAAUAG